AUGUCGCUCGCCACCACGGUCGAGCAGCCUCUCCUGAGAGUUGCUCCGACUGUCCCAUGGCCUUCGGUAGGCGCCAUUAGAAACCUCCCAGCUGUGAUCGUCGCCAUAGACUACGGAUAUGUUGAUACACUAGACAGUGUACCAUCUAACAUCCGUGGAAGAAUACCCAGGCAGAUCAAAGAUGGUGAGCGUCUGAUGAUAUGGAAGGGCGAAAUGGGCUAUCUGUUCGGCCGGAAUCCAAUCAACAGUGAUGUCCUGGUCUUGAUCUUCAAAGGAGCUUUGCAGAUACCUGUCGUUCUGCCUAGCAGUAUCGUUGUCGAAGGAAGGCCCUUCCGUGAUCUCACACAGCAAACGACUGAUCUACUUGGCCCGACAAGAGAACCACAAGUGUCAAUUCGGAGUCACCCUAAUGACAGGGCUUUACAAAAAUUCAUUCGUUCCUUCGUUCUAUCAACCUCAAGGCAGCAGGGGGAUCUGCGUUUGCUGGGACUUUCUCCGUCCGAAGCAGAUGAGCUUUUCAUGGGGAGCAACUUGGACAACAACGUGGAUGCUCUUUUGGAGGCAAUCUUGCCCGAAGCAAAGCAGACGCUCGAGGAUGGAAGGUUUUCUCUACAGAACAUUCUUGAGAUCCGCCAUGCGUCAAUUGACUGGCCUGGCGAUCGACCAUGUAUCUAUGUGCGAAUCUAUACCGACCCGGAAGACCAACCAGAGGACGAAUCCCGCGAUGAGGCGCAGGCUGAUAUAGAUCAGUACGUGGGGGUCUAUGUCGGUCAAUCCCGGCAAGCCUGGGUUCGCCACCUAGAGCAUGAAAGAAACAUCGAAUUCCAUGUUCCCGCUCAUGGCAAGACGCACUACAAUACUGCCGUGAAGUCACUCCCUGAAGACCGACACACAAUUCCUUUGCUGGUUUUUGAAGAUCGAUCUAUUUCUAGUAUUCUGCUGAACAUGGCUGAGCAGGUGAUGUUGAAUGCCUUAAGAGCCGAAGCCCGUUGGAUUUUUGCCGCUACCCCAGGGAAUGCGAUGAAAUAUAUGCUUCAACGCCGUGCUCGUCUAUUCUCUGACACGGCCAGAGCAGUUCGUUCGCAGGUAAACUGGCCUAGACUGAACGGCCAAGGGUUGAACGUAUCGUCUCCGCUGUUGGAGGAGCGGUACCAAGUUCAUCUUCACUGCAUACCGAUGGCAACACGCGGCGGUCCAUUUGCCGAGGCCUUCACAACAUAUCGAAUGGGAAGGAACGUCUUGAUCAGAGAGAACAUCGCCGAAUCUCGCCAGGGGCACUAUCUAUUCAUUUAUUUCGGGCUAUCAGACGGCCAUAGGGCCGUUGAAAAGAUGAGCAUCCCCCUGCCUUAUGAUCCUGAGGGCAUCACCGGGCUCAGACCAGACGUCCGGAGCGGCUAUCUGGUGGCCGAAAUCAUGAAUGACAGGCAACCCCAUCCCAGAGCUUUCGUCGGAUGCCCAAGUGUCGGACCUUUCGAGAAUUUCCACGAAGGCUCCUGCAUUGCCCUCCGAUUUGAAUGGCAGGCAGACGGUCGAUGGUAUACAGUGUACCUCCAACGCCCCUACCUGCACCUCAGAUACGAUCCAACACGUCCUGACCCCGAAUACGCCAUAGAGGCGUACAGAGCUGCUAUGAAACUGAUCCAGGCCUUCGAGGGAAUUGUGUAUACUGAACCUCUCAAUGGGUUUCCACAAUCACUCACCAUGGGGAACGUCCAGAUGCUCCAGACUGAUCACCUCAAUCAGAAAUACCGUUGGGUUUCUCAGCAACGAGUUACCCGUCCAGCCCCAGCCAAAGCCAGCUGGGGGUACAACUACAAGCUCAUGGUAAAGAACUUUGGCAAUGACUUGUUCGAUGAAAUGUCCAAUGAACAGAUGACUUUCGUUGGGCCGUCGGAUCCUAUGAAAGUUCGUCAUGGUGCACUGAAUUGGUCGGAGGAGGACGUCAGAGUAGGCGCUUUCAAAUGCGACUCUUGUACCGCAAUCGACAUGCUCAGUGGUAGGGUUCAGGCCUGCACUAGAGAUGAGUCUCGAAACGACGUCUGGGUCUGCAAGCACUGCUCGUUAUUCAACAGACCGUGCACUUUCACUCCGUUUAGACGAUUGAAACGACUUAUUCAGGGUACUUCAACUGUCAGCGGUACAGAUACUUCACUCUACCCCAAAGGUCUCUUCAGAUUCCUAUCUUUUCACCACACUAUGAGCCCCCAGGAGAUUGGUGAGAUUUUUGAAGUGUCUGAGCCUUUGUUCGAAAAGCUUGGAGGUUCUGAGAAUGAGGAUGGGGACGAUGAAGAGGAUACUUGA